AUGCCUAAACCGAAACAACCAAACAAUAACGACGACGAUUCGCUUUCAUCAUCGUCGACUUGCAAUAAUACUGUUGCGAUUCAACAACUUCGUUUCAGUGUUGCCAUUGAUGUUAACGAUGGACAAGAAUCGGGAUGUAACAAUCAUGAACAUCAUUUACAACAUUCAAUAUUUACAACCGAUAAUUUAUCAUAUCAAGAUUCAACAUUAUCUCAAUGUAGCAAAAUGAUAAUUUUGAAGGAAUUGAUCAGGACUGAAAAUCUUUAUUUAAAUUAUUUUGAAAUAUUGAAAGAGAAAAUCAUUCAAUCCCUCUCAAGAUGCAACAUUCUCACUCCAGAGGAAGUCGAGAAAACAUUUUGCCUUUCUCAAUUAAAUAUUCUCUUCAAAGUGAAUACUGAACUAUUGAACCAAUUCAAACAAGUUGAAAGUUUAUUGAUGACAAAUCAGCAAUCUUCUCCAACUCUCAUGCCUACCAAUGGAUCCUCUCCGAGAGCAAGAAAUUCACUGGGACAAACAUUUUUACGUCUCACUCCAUUCCUUAAAAAUUAUGUGCAAUAUUCACACAUGUUGGAACCAUGUUUGAUUCAAUUCCGAAAUAGAAAAUUGAAAGAUAAGAGCUUUAAGGCCAUUGUGAAGAAGUUACAACGUUUUUGUACCAAGCUAUUGUUCGAUGCAUUGAGAGAGGAUGACUCGUGUGAAAAAUGCAAUGAAUUUGAAAUCAUUCAAACCAUGAAAAUGCCACUCAGAAGAAUUUUGUAUUAUAGAGAUGUAUUAACACAAUUAUUGAAAUUGACACCAAUAACCAAUGACGAAUAUUCUCCUCUCUCUGAAAGCCUUAAAUUAAUUGAAAUUGUUUCUCAAUCGUUUGAGCAACAAAUUACAGAACUCGAUCAUAAGGAUAAAUUUUACGAAAUUAACAAAAAGGUUUGA